AUGCAGGUCAAGACUCCGCGCUCGACUGACAUCAGCCUGGAAAGCCGCCUCCUCCUGUUCCUGAUCAAGAUGAAGCAUGCCCUGACAUUCGCCACACUGGGUGCCCUCUUCGGCAUACACCGCACAACUGCUUCCCGGGCGUUCUACGCCGUUCUCGAGACUGUGUUUGCCAAGACGCAGGAGCUGCUGGUUUGGUUCCCAAGACAUGUAGUGCAGGACGGCAUGCCCUCUUCCUUUCUGGAUAAGUAUCCCACCUGCAGGGUGAUCAUAGACUGCGCGGAGGUGCCCAUUCAGAAGCCACCCGAACUGAGCGAGCAGAUUAGGUGCUGGAGCAGCCGCAGGAGCGACUUCACGCUCAAGUUCCUGGUUGCCGUGGCGCCCAGCGGCUUCGUGUCGUUUGUCUCGAGCGUCUUCGGCGGUCGGUGGAGCGACGGGUACGUCGCCGCAAACUCCGGCUUGCUGAACCUCCUCGAACCCGGAGACGUCGUGGUGGCGGACAGGGAGUUUCCCAACAUCCGCCGCGACUUGGACGCGCGGCAGGUUGCGCUCGAAAUCCCGCCUCUUGCUCCCAUGAACGAGCGGUGCACGCCCGCGGAAGUGGCACGCACGUACAGGAUUGCCUGUCACCGUAUCCACGUGGAACGCUGCGUUAAGAGGAUCAAAGCGUUCAACAUAUUGAGUGCAAAGCUACCGCAGGACCUCAAAGGGCAUGUGAACAAAAUUGUGACUGUGUGCUGCGUUCUUGUGAACAUGCAGAAGCCCAUGUUCAAACAGGUAUGA